GCUGGCACGGCGUCAGUUGCGAGGAGCCGUGUCCUGCGGGUCGGUUCGGCGCCGGUUGCCAGCAGGUCUGCGAGUGUGUCUCCGACGUGGCCGGCAUCUCGUGCGACCCGGCGACCGGGCGCUGCUUGUGUCCGGCCGGCCGGUCGGGCGCCACUUGCGCCGACGCCUGUGCCCCCGGGCGCUGGGGCGAAGGCUGCUCGCGUUGGUGCGCCUGUCUCCGAGGCGGCGUCUGCCAGCCCGUCUCGGGUCACUGCGAUUGUCCCCCCGGUUGGCACGGACACGCCUGCGAGUUGCCAUGCCCCGAGGGUCGUUGGGGCCGCGGCUGUCUCUUGCUCUGUCGCUGCAACGGCCCUGCCGACGGCGGCAGAUGCGAUCGUGUCACCGGCCGCUGCCACUGUCCCGAUGGGUUCGCCGGCCAACUCUGCGAUCAAAGUCAGUCUCAUACCAACACCAACACACACACACACCCUCUGCAUAUCCACAACAUUCAUUAUUUGCUCUUGCCAACCUUCGAAACCUCGAAAGUCAGCCUCUUCCCGUCGCCACAACUUUUCCCAUUUUCUCCCUCGAAUCCCCUUGCCCCUUCCCCCCAAUCCUGGCGCCAUUUCCCCUUUUCCCUUUCGCCCCUCCCCCUUCUCGCAAUUCCCCACCUCCUCUCCAGCUCCGUUUCUCCACAUCUUUCCGACUGCUCAACUUGUCCUGGCUGCUCUUCUCCACUCGUACGAUUCCAUUCCUUCUCGUCGCCCCUUUCUCCCAGCCAAUAGCCGACGUGCACCUGCACCACAGCUUUCCAAUUGGCUGCAAAACUGUUGUCAUCCCCCUCUCAUUUCCCAGCCAAUCACUGACAGCGCACACGUCAAUCCUUUCAAAGCCGUCAAGUGGUGCCCUUCACCACUCCCGGCACUCAACAGCCACUAAAAGGCACUCUUUUUACACAAGUUUAGACAUAUCCAACUCGUUAGAAACAUUCACUUCCCACAAGCCGGUUAACCACGUAAAGCCGAUUUGUGCUUUGGCCUCUUGUGUGUCUGUGUGUAUGUGUCUUUGUUUGCUUGUCAGUCUGUGA